AUGUUUCUGGAUGAGGACAUUGCUGUGCGUUGCGACCGGGUGCGGAAACGCCUGGAGCCGCCAUACGAAGGACCGUUCCGUGUUCUCUCCCGCAAUGAGGAGACCUGCCGGAUCCUUCGUGGAGACAAGGAGGACGUGAUCAGCAUCAAUCGGAUCAAGGUUGCUGUUACGAAAGAGCCGCCGGACUUGCCACCAGGACAAACUUGUGCUUUCUCGCUUAUUAGCCUUAUCGAGGAAACUGUUGGCCUUAACCCCAACACCGGUAAUGUCUACAUUGGUGGCCUGAUCUGCCUUCUAUGGAGCAGUCGUUUCAUCUUCUGGUACACAUACUUUAAAAUCUGUCAGAGUAUUUUCUACUUCGCCUGUAACAGGGCUUCUGAGAUGCUGCAAAUUAAGAAUUAUCCCAUUAUCGCGGAGAAACAACGGGUCAUGGCCUACAUGUCGCUGGUCUUUAUUGGCAGUUUAAUCGGGGCGCUGCCUUCUUUGCUACUAGCCUUUCCGCUUAAAAAGGAUUGCGCCUGCGCUCUAUUGCCGGAGAACUUUUGCGUCUUUACAGUGCUGUAUGCUCACACUUUUCUGUGGGCUGCAAUGAUCGGAAUCAUUUAUCCCACCAUUCUCAUCUAUAUCUGCAUUGCUUUGAUUAUACGAUUUCGGAAGUCAGAACGAGGUAUUAUUGCGGAUGAAGUGGACGAACUCUGCUUCCUGAAUCCACGAUCAUUUCCAACAUGCAAAUCCACCACUCCAACUCCUGCGCCGUCAGUGGCCUCCUCGUCUUCUGACUGUGAACAGAAUGGAGCUAGGGUUCUUGAGAUAUCGGGAAACAAAUCUAAUCCGCAUGUCUGGUCGGCUUCCUUCUGCAUCGUACCUCUGACUGCUGCCUUCAUGCUAGGUACAGCCUUCGAGUCAAUGCUGCAAUUUCCGAGUGCAGCUGGUGUCCUCAAAUACAAGCUGCGCAGUAAAUCUCAACAGUUCAGUGUAACAUUGGUUAGUUUGUUUGCCGCACUCGUGCCGCUUAUCCUCUUUUUCCACACUCCCGCGAUGCGGGCACUGGUCUUCGUUGUAAUUUCGUCAAUAAAAAAGAAGAUCGGCAGGACCAAAUUGACGGGCACUGGUGACCAUCCUCCAGCUGACUUCACUCCGCCAGCGGAGGUCGUUCCAAAGCAGUUGAGUGAAUAA